GACGUUUAGUACAGUGGAUGCAGAUAAGUGGACAGGAUGUCAGUAUUGCAAAGGAUAUGUCUCUCACAAAUAAAGGGAGGCAACCUAUUGAAGGCAUUAUCAGUACAACCAGUGAGGUUAGCAUUAUUUGAAACCUGUAACAUGACUCGUCCAAUGACGCUGCUUUCGACUCGACAACAUGAAGCCUGGAGAAAAGAUAAUCUACCUUUGAUGUCCAGCAACAUGAAACCUUCAGGGUGUGUGUUGUGUAUGAGGAGUUAUGCGAAGAAAUUUAAGAAAGAGAAAAAAGGAGGAAAGCCUGGUGGUACAAAGGUGGAUCUGAGUGAGGAGGAAGUGGGAGAAGUGAUAGACCUGGAGGGUUACAGGUCAGGCCUACAGCAGGUGUUAGAGCAUCAAAAAGAGGAGUACAUAAGGCAUCUCACACUACGCACUACUAUAGGUGUGUUUGACAGUAUUAUGGCUGACACAGAGGAUGGAUCGUUUCCAAUCAACCAACUGGGCCAGGUGGCUCAGAAGUCUCCACACCUGGUUAUGAUUAACCUCUCUGCUUGUCCCCAGUAUCUUCCAGCCGUCAAGGAAGCUAUCAUGAAGUCCGGGAUGAACGUCAAUCCUCAGCAGGAAGGAAACACUCUGUUUGUGCCAAUCCCAAAGGUUACAAAGGAACACAGAGAAAACCUGGCCAAGUCAGCAAAGACUAUUUGUGACACAACAAAAGAUAAACUACGAGAUGUUCACAACAAAUAUUCAAAGAAAUUAAAACAGGCCAAGUCGUCGCAUCCUGAAGAUCUGGUUAAAAAUAUACAAACGCUGAUUAUAAAUGAAAUGCACAGUUCAUCAGAAAAGGCUGAGGCUAUGAUGAAAGCAAAACAGCAGGAGCUGUUAGGACAUUGAUUUGUAGAACCUGGAGGAUAUAGACGUAAACGUUGAGAACGUCAGCAGCGGCAGUGGCAUGAGAAGUUGGUUCUGUUUCUGAGAGAGGAUCUGUGUGAUGAGGUGGAAUCUACAAUGCCUUUUAAGUGGGAUGAAAUUCUGUGGAAACCUCUGAUGAGUUAAUGAACAAACUGUGAGGGGAAUUCAACUUAUCAGUGAUAUAAAGAAGAGGAAACUUUUGAAAUUUGUGAAUCAUCUGACCUCUCUCACAUGUGAACGCAGUCUGUCCUACAUUGAAAUCAUGAUCUGUUAAAUACAUCAGCUUGUGACCUGGCCAGAUAUAUCCUGGCCAGAUAUAUCCUGGCCAAAUAUAUCCUGGCCAGAUAUAUCCACCAUUAGUUGGAAUAUGACAGCAACAUCACAAUGAGUCAAUGCUGGACAUUAAGAACGAUUAUGUAAAAACAUCAUUUUUAUUUUCCACAUUUUGAUAAUGUCCUGAGUUGUCUUGGUGCAAUCUGUUUAGAGAAGAUACCAGGACUUUGAUGGAAAAUUAUGUCAGUAAAGAGUUUCGUUCAGAUAAAGUGUGAAGAGCUCUGUUUCUCGCAAACAUGACUAGCUGGUGUUCCUUGUAGAAUUAAUGGGAAUUUGAUACGUAUUAUUAAACGUUUAUGUUUAGCCAAUGCGCUGUUCUUUUCACUAGUCUUUACUUCAUAAAGAUUUUCGGGUAUAACAUGAGGUGAUCCAGUUUCCUUCUUACUCUGUUUAGCUUUAUUUCAGACUGCUUGUCAGGUCCAGGACUCCAUAUGAACUAAUUCACCAGUAUGUUCUAAGCACUAAACAAAGAAUUAAAUGGUAUGAACUACGUUAGUGUUACAGUGCAAAACGUAACCUUAAA